AUGAGCGAUGAGCGAUAUAGCGACGCGAUGCGUGCCUUUGGUCUCUGCUCACAUGGCUCAAUGCUCGAGCUGAAAAGCAGGAGAUACCAAGACCCAAAUCCGCAAUUGUCUAUGGAAACCCUACAGGAGGCAAUGAAGUUUGGCCGGGAAGCUCUUUCAAUCGUUCCGCCUCACGCAGAAAACGUGCCGAUGCUAAUAAGUACUGUGUCUUCGUGGAUGAGGACCAUGGCCAAGUUGACGCAAGACGUCAAGUGGACAGAGGAGGGUAUCGAACUUCUCAACCGCGGACUUGAACUGAACAAAGGCUAUACAAUCGAUAACUCUGACCUGUUUGCAAGCUUCUCGUGUCUUUGGGAGAUUCAGUACGGUGUCCUCUGCGGGAGCACGUCAGAUGGAAAACACAUCGACAUUCUCCAAAGGGCGAUAGAGACCGGACAGAAAGCUCUAUCGAACACCAAACCCGACAGCAGCAUUAUUGGAGAGAGAGACGAAAGAAUCUUGCACCCCGAGUCACGCCCAAAAAUCAAGGAAUUGUUCAUUGAGGCGGCCAGGACAGAAACGGCGACACCUCUGGUCUGGAUCCCUUCGGCACUCCAGGCCGGUCUCAUUCACUGGGAAUAUGGAGAGCUGGCACAGGCGAACGACAUUUUCCAAAAUGCUAUUGGUCUGUUGACUGAAAGCAACAUCCAAGCGGCAUCUGCAGAAGACUUACAGCAGACGCUACGUGAGAUACCGAACCUCGGAAGCCUUGCAACAUCUGCUUUAUCGGCCCCUUUAGAAGCUGCGAACUGCAUUCUGGCGGGGCUUGCGAUGAAUUCAAGGAACGAUGUUUCAGAACUCGAGAGAAGAUACCCCGAAUACGCCAAUGCCUACAUUGACCUCAGGACCCGAGUUGCACAUGCAAGUAGACAGUCCCAAAGCGCCGCCAACUAUCAAAAAGACACGGCCCUUCAGCAAUCUCUGAUCCGGGAAAUGGCCUCCAUGAAAGAAGAGAUCAGACAUUUGGAAGGGUUUGAGAAGUUCCAGUUGCCCCUCAGCGCUAUUCAGAUGAUGCAACUUGCGACAGAUGGUCCCAUCGUAACGAUCAACGUGUCCGAACUCCGCAGCGAUGCCAUAAUUGUUACAGAAGAAGGGGUUCAAUCUCUACACCUGACGCCUGCCGCUCUUCAGAGCCAUGCCUUAGUUUCCAACAGCCGUUGGAACCCAGCCAGGGACAUCCGAAGACCGCCGAUCUCCCCAAACGUUUCCACUGAGGCUGGUCUCCGUUGGUUAUGGGAAGUGGCGGUACGUCCAUUUCUGGACGGCACUAAACUCACAUCGUCGGGGCGUUUGUGGUUGAUCACUAGUGGUUUGGCGGGAAGGGUGCCGUUUCAUGCGGCAGACAACUAUGCCGGCGGCCCUGAAGAAAUUGCGCCUAGUCGGGUAACCUCGUCUUAUAUCUCAUCGCUCAAGGCCCUCAAAUAUGGUUGA